UAGGACAUGGUCGAACUCUGGCCGAGUGUGUUUGUGUGUCUCGCAUCACAUGUUCUUGGACGCAGAAGGUGUCGGUCUUGAGUUUCUUUCACCAACUGAGCCCAUGUGAUUUCUUGGCUGGGCGUCUGUAUUUUCCACAGUACUCAAAAGGUAAAAUGAGCUUCUUCUAGGGAGACCUUGCUGAGGCGGUAUCCCUUCGCGAUGCGAAGAUGGCGAAACUGCUCCCUCCCUCAGUCAACCACGCGUUCCGCCCCUUCACCCAGGAAUCACUGGUGGAGAUCGAGAGGCUCCAGGAGGAAAGAAAAAAGGCCGCAGAAGUAGAGGGCCAUGAGGAUGAGGAGAAACCAACACCUCAUGCUGACCUGGAGGCAGGCAAGGGCCUGCCCAUGAUCUAUGGAGACCCUCCACCAGAGGUGCUCAACACACCUCUGGAGGACCUGGACCCCUUCUACCAAGCGGAGAAGACAUUCAUUGUGAUCAGCAAAGGAAAGACAAUCUUCAGGUUCAACGCAGAACCAGCUUGCUACAUUCUGAGCCCCUUUAGUUUGGUUAGAAGAGGAGCCAUCAAAAUUCUCAUACAUUCAUCAUUCAGCUUGUUCAUCAUGGCGACAAUUCUGUCAAAUUGUGUGUUCAUGACAAUGAGUAACCCACCAGCAUGGAGUAAAACUGUUGAGUAUGUUUUUACAGGUAUUUAUACCUUUGAAGCAACAGUCAAAGUGUUGUCGAGAGGUUUCUGUGUUGGAUCUUUUACAUUCCUUCGAGAUCCAUGGAAUUGGCUGGAUUUCAUGGUGAUCAGCAUGGCAUAUAUUACUGAGUUUGUUGACCUUGGCAACGUGUCAGCCCUCAGGACAUUUCGUGUACUUCGAGCCCUCAAAACAAUUACUGUGAUUCCUGGUUUGAAAACCAUCGUGGGCGCUUUGAUCCAGUCUGUGAAGAAAAUGGUGGACGUCAUGAUUCUUACUGUGUUUGCUCUUGCUGUGUUCGCCCUCGUUGGCCUUCAGCUUUUCAUGGGAAAUCUGCGCCAAAAAUGUGUGCGAUGGCCCAUUGAUACAAACAACACCAUGGACAUCAAUCAGACGACAUACUCCAACAGUACAUUCGAUUUUUUGCAAUAUAUUGAAAACCCAGAGAAUCACUAUUUUUUGGAGAACAGCCUAGAUGCUCUUCUUUGUGGGAACAGCUCCGAUGCUGGAAAGUGCCCCGAAGAAUACACGUGUAUGAAGGCUGGGGCAAACCCCAACUAUGGCUACACCAGCUUUGACUCAUUUGGCUGGGCCUUCCUCUCCCUCUUCAGACUCAUGACCCAGGACUUCUGGGAAAACCUUUUCCAGCUGACCCUGCGGGCAGCUGGUAAGACAUACAUGCUGUUCUUUGUGGUGGUUAUCUUCCUGGGCUCCUUCUACCUCAUCAAUCUCAUCCUGGCUGUGGUGGCCAUGGCUUAUGAUGAGCAGAAUCAGGCAACUCUGCGAGAGGCCAGAGAGAAAGAGGAGGAGUUCCAGCGGCUACUUGAGCAACUCAAAAAUCAACAGGAACAGGCUCACAUUAUUGGGAGCCAAGUCUCUCUGAGCACUAAGAAAUCACUCAGUCGUCACUCUUUGUCGGCACUGGCGGAUGAUGAACUGAGUCUUGAACAUGACGAUGAUGUCAAGGAUUGCAAUGGGAGAGUUAUCCCUAUUGUGCUCGUCAGAGCACCCACCAUGGUUAAGUCUGCUGUGGAUUAUGAACUCAAAGAGAUGUCACUAAGCUCUGGGCACAGCAUGCAUCAUCUGGACGAACCGGGCUUGGGACAGAGGACUGCAAGUGCUUUGACUGUGCUUACUACAGCUGCCAUGGAAGAGUUGGAGGAGAGUCAUAGGCCUUGCCCCCCUGGUUGGUACAAAUUUGCCGACAUUUUCCUGAAGUGGGACUGCUGCAAGCCCUGGGUUGACUUUAAAAAUUGGAUGUACUUUGUGGUGAUGGACCCCUUUGUCGAUUUGACAAUCACCAUUUGCAUUGUACUCAACACCCUCUUCAUGGCCAUGGAGCACUACCCCAUGACACCAGAAUUUGACUACAUGCUCUCAGUGGGGAAUCUGGUUUUUACCGGGAUUUUCACAGCGGAAAUGGUCUUCAAGCUCAUUGCCAUGGAUCCCUACUAUUAUUUUCAAGUUGGCUGGAACAUCUUUGACAGCAUCAUUGUCACGCUAAGUCUAGUGGAGUUAGGGCUGGCAAAUGUCCAGGGACUGUCUGUCCUUAGGUCUUUUCGUCUGCUUCGUGUCUUCAAGCUAGCCAAAUCCUGGCCCGUGCUCAACAUGCUAAUCAAGAUCAUUGGUAACUCAGUGGGAGCUUUAGGAAACCUGACUUUGGUCCUGGCUAUCAUCGUCUUCAUCUUCGCUGUGGUGGGCAUGCAGCUCUUUGGUAAGAGCUACAAGGACUGCGUGUGCAAGAUCGCUGCAGACUGUGAGCUGCCGCGCUGGCACAUGAAUGACUUCUUCCACUCCUUCCUCAUUGUGUUUCGCAUCCUGUGCGGGGAGUGGAUUGAGACCAUGUGGGACUGCAUGGAGGUCACCGAACCUGCGAUGUGUCUUAUUGUCUUCAUGUUGGUCAUGGUCAUUGGAAAUCUUGUCGUGUUGAACCUCUUCUUGGCCUUGCUGCUUAGCUCGUUCAGUGGUGACAACCUCUCAGGGGGAGAUGAAGAUGGAGAAAUGAAUAACCUCCAGAUCGCCAUUGGCAGGAUCACACGGGGCAUCGACUGGGUCAAAGCAUUUAUCGCAAGAACUGUACAACAGAUUCUUGGCAAAAAGCCCAAGGAGCCUGAUGAAGGUCCAGCAGAUGACGUAGACCCUAAAAUGGAGGAGAUUGAAAUGAACCACUUGGACACCAGUCAGGAUUUCAAAAUGGUAGACGGGGUAGCUAACUGCUUAGUCGAGGGCCGGCCCUCUGGAUUUUUUGUGGGUGAAGAACUCAGUCUCAAUGUGCCAAUUGCGCAGGGAGAGUCAGACUUUGAAAAUCUUGGUGAGGAUGAUACCGAUGAUGAAGACGAAGAUGAAGAUGAUGUAGCGAUUCCAGAUGAAAAACAUACACAUCAGAACAGAAAACACUCAGAGGGUCAGUGUAGUACAACGAGAAGGGCAAAAAUGGGUGCUCUGAGCGAUGGGGACUCCUCAGUUUGCAGCACAGCAGACUAUCAACCACCUGAGCCCGAACCAGAGGAAGAAGAAGAAGAAGAAGAAGAGCCAGUGGAGCCAGAGGCCUGCUUUACUGAUGAAUGUGUUAGGCGCUGGCCUUGUCUGACUGUGGACAUCACCCAAGGCAAAGGCAAGAAAUGGUGGAACCUCCGCAGGACUUGUUUCACUAUUGUGGAACACGAUUGGUUUGAAACCUUCAUCAUUUUUAUGAUCCUGCUCAGCAGUGGAGCUCUGGCCUUCGAGGACAUAAACAUAGAAAAACGCCGAACCAUCAAAAUUAUUCUGGAGUAUGCUGACAAAGUUUUUACCUAUGUCUUUAUCAUCGAGAUGCUCCUUAAAUGGGUGGCGUAUGGCUUCAAAACCUACUUCACCAAUGCAUGGUGCUGGCUAGACUUUCUUAUUGUAGACAUUUCCCUGAUUAGUUUGGUUGCAAACUGGAUGGGUUACUCUGAACUUGGACCAAUCAAAUCCCUGCGGACCCUCAGGGCUCUACGGCCUCUACGAGCGUUGUCCAGAUUUGAAGGGAUGAGGGUGGUGGUAAAUGCUCUUGUUGGGGCGAUUCCCUCAAUCUUCAACGUGCUUCUGGUGUGUUUGAUCUUCUGGCUCAUCUUCAGCAUUAUGGGCGUUAACCUGUUUGCUGGCAAGUUCUACCACUGCAUCAACACCACCACAGAUGAGCUUUUCCACCUCUCUGAAGUCAACAACAAGAGUGAAUGCUUGGCCAUCAGUGAAGCCACACAGGACGCUCGCUGGGUCAAUGUCAAAGUCAACUAUGACAACGUUGGACAGGGCUACCUGUCCCUGCUUCAAGUGGCGACUUUUAAAGGAUGGAUGGACAUCAUGUACGCUGCUGUUGACUCAAGAGAGGUAGAGGAGCAACCGACUUAUGAAGGCAACCUCUACAUGUACAUGUACUUUGUCAUCUUCAUCAUCUUUGGCUCUUUCUUCACGCUCAACCUCUUCAUCGGUGUCAUUAUCGACAAUUUCAACCAACAAAAGAAAAAGUUAGGAGAUAAGGACAUAUUUAUGACAGAGGAACAAAAGAAAUACUACGAGGCCAUGAAAAAACUUGGUUCAAAGAAGCCACAGAAGCCAAUCCCACGUCCAACGAACCCAAUCCAGGGUAUGGUGUUUGACCUCAUCAGUCAGCAGUUCUUUGACAUCUUCAUCAUGGUGCUCAUCUGCCUCAAUAUGGUGACCAUGAUGGUGGAGACGGAUAAUCAGAGCGCAGAGAAGGAGGAUUUGCUGUUUAAAAUAAACCUGGCUUUCAUUAUCGUCUUCACUGGAGAGUGUGUAUUGAAGCUUUGUGCCCUGCGACAAUACUUCUUCACCAAUGGGUGGAAUGUUUUUGAUUUUGUCGUGGUCAUCUUGUCAAUUGCUGGUAUAAUGCUCUCAGACCUGAUUGAGAAGUACUUUGUAUCUCCGACACUAUUCAGAGUGAUCAGACUCGCCAGAAUAGGCAGGAUUCUGCGUCUUAUUAAAGGAGCUAAGGGCAUCCGGACGCUUCUCUUUGCUCUAAUGAUGUCACUCCCUGCCCUCUUCAACAUUGGUCUACUGCUCUUCCUUAUUAUGUUCAUCUUCUCCAUAUUUGGCAUGUCAAACUUUGCUUAUGUCAAAAAGGAGGCCGGUAUUGACGACAUAUUCAACUUUGAGACAUUUGGCGGUAGCAUUAUUUGCCUGUUUCAGAUUACGACAUCUGCAGGCUGGGAUGGGCUUUUACUUCCCAUGUUGAACAGUAACGCUCCAGACUGUGAUCCAGACUUUGAGAACCCAGGCACAGAUGUAAAGGGUAACUGUGGCAGUCCAGGUAUGGGUAUGAUGUUCUUCUGCAGCUACAUCAUCAUUUCAUUCUUAGUGGUGGUCAACAUGUACAUUGCCAUCAUCUUGGAGAACUUCAACGUGGCACAGGAGGAGAGUGGUGAUGCACUCUGCGAGGAAGACUUUGAGAUGUUCAAUGAAACUUGGGAGAAGUUUGACUUGGAUGGAACUCAGUUCAUUGAGUAUAGCCAGCUCUCAGAUUUUUGUGAUACCUUGCAAGAGCCACUGAGAGUAGCCAAGCCCAACCGGCUUCGCUUGAUUGAAAUGGAUCUACCUCUGGUCAUCGGGGACAGGAUCCACUGCCUGGAUGUGUUGUUGGCUGUCACACAGAUGGUCUUAGGCGACACAGUGGAAAUGGCAGCCAUGCGGGAGAGCAUUGAGGCUAAGUUCAUCCUGAACAACCCCACGUCAGACUCCUUUGCACCAAUUACCACAACGGUACGCCACAAAGAAGAGCAGAGUGCUGCUGUGGUCAUUCAGAGAGCUUACCGCAUGCACCUACUGAAACGUUGCGUACGCCAUGCUGCUUUUAUGUAUCGCUCUAAAAGGAUAGGUAGAAAGGACGAAGAUCAAGAGCCACCUGAAAAGAAAGGGCUGCUUGCACGGAGGUUAGGAGUGCUCUAUGGGAGCAAUUUGGACCUGGCAGAAGAGAUGGAGCAGGCUGUCCUAGAGACUCGAGUAAACCGGGAGCCUCCAAAAUCAGAGACACUGCCAGAAAACAUAGAGGCUCAGUGUGAUCCAGAACCCCCUGAGCCAAACAUCAUUGUCGUACCUGUAGAAAUUACUAAUGAGGUCGUAUUACAUUCUGCUCCCAACCAACACAUUUUGGCCCUACAGGCAAAUUUAAGAGAGUCAAUUGUAUAACAAAGUUUUCUUUCUUUUUUACCAGUCAUUAAAGUAGUAUAAGUGCACUAAUUCUCAGUAGUGAUGCACAUUAGAUGAGGAAGUUACACAGUCGCAACAAACAAUUCCUGUUUUUUUCAUGCAACAUUUAAACCCAAACUUUUGGAGUGGAAACGGAAGUGCAUGGUUUUCUCUUAUCUGCUAUAUGGGAAAUGUCAGGUAAAUAAAUCAUCAUCACUUUGUGCCUUAAAUUCUUUGUGGAUAACAGAGUAAGCAGUAAAUUGUACCUUAUGUGACAGCUUCAAUUUAAGGGUACAAUUAGAUAUGAUUUCUCAGGAUAAAACUCUUAAGAGGCAAAAUACACGGGAGACACUUUUUUCUUUACACUUACUGUCAGCCGUUGCAGUUACAGUCUUUGUUGUUGUAGAGUGACACAUUGUGGACCAGGAUCUGGGAUUUGAGGGAUUUCUAGUGCAAAAUUCUUCAAGCUGCAACAUACAGCCAAGGAUUGCACCUUAUAUUUCAGGAAAAUCUAAUUUCAGUAGAUUUCAGUACUACGGUCUUUCAUCUAACUUUAGAUGAAAAACAAAACAAACCAUGCUCCCCUGAUUCUGUCCAAAGUGCAACUUGAACAUCACGUGACAAAACUUGAAUUGGGAUUUUAUAGUGUUUACGUCAUAUGCAAGACAACAAAAAAAGUCUACCAAUUUGCUCAGUCUGAUAUGACAUGAUUGCAUCACUAAUGUGAGAGUGUACAGAGCAAAUAUUGGCAAUGCGCUUUAUUAGCAUGCAACACUACUGAACUGAUCUAAUACCUCGUUUAUUUUCAUAGAUGGAAAAAGUUAAAAAGUAAUAUCCGAUCCCUGCUGAUUCUAAGUCACUUUUUUGUGUGAGGUCUCUACACGCAGAUUAUCCUAAUCAGACACCAAUGAUGUUCUAUGGCUGAACUCCUUUUGUACAUUGUGAAUCAUUAAAUAAUAAUAAAAAAGCAUAUCUAGAUCAGAUUUGUCCCAGUCCAUCAAAUGAAGCUCUGAUCUCUUUUAGUCCUUAUAAUAAAACAGGACAGCCAAUACACUAAACAUCUGUCCCUGACUUGCCCAAUUUGUAUUGCACUAUUAAUAUCCCUUCAACCUUGUUGACCUCUGUUUUCAUCACUGAUACAUGCAUGUCUGUUUUUUUUCUACAAUUGCCCACCCUCAGAUAUUUGCUGAUUUUUAACAAAACUCAAAAUAGUCUUUUAGCCCAUCUGAUUGUUUCUCUAGACUUAUCUGUGAAUGCUCAUUCGAGAUGACAACGACGACGAUGAUGUUUAUGUUAAAAUAACUGACAGAACCCACUUAAUUCUGUUUCCCAUAUUUGUCAAUGAAUCAACAAUAAGUACUCCAUUUUAGAUUAUGUUUUGCCAUCAGUUUAGAUUAUGUGCAUUGCACACAGCUGAAUGUUUGUGUAGCUAAAAUAUUUGACUGCAGUUUUAUGUUUAUGUUCAUAUCUAGUUAUACAAAUAUAUACAAGUAUUUAUUUUACGUAGGAAUUUUAGGCAUAUAUGAGCCUUUAUUGACUGGAUCUAUUCAUCUAAUAAUCUCACAUGUGGAAAGGUCACUUCACCUGUGGAUUUGUAAGUCUUAACUGAACUAAAAAUGUCUUAUUCUGAAUAUAAAUAACAUAUGCACUUUUA